AUGGGUGCUCUCUUGUUGGCCUCCCGCUACGCUGCAGCGGCAGCAGCCUCCCGCGGUGAUAUCUUCUCCAACGAAACCGACCGCUCGCUGGUGGUCUCGAUAUGCAUAUUCGUGGCUGUUCUUUGCAUCUGCAUCGUAACCGGGCACCUGCUCGAAGAGAACCGAUGGCUCGAUCAGUCCAUCACCGCCAUGGUCAUCGUAAGUUGCGGGAGAUGGGAGGGUGGAAGCUUUUCACUUCAAGAUUCUUUACAUCUAGGUUCGUCCGUAGUCUGCGUUCACCGAAUUUUAGCGAGUGACAGGGGAGAAAGAAGUGGUUCGUCGCGAUUUUGUUAUUCUGAGGGUAAAAGCUCUCUCUAACACUGCCUCGAAGCUACGGAGACGUCCAGUUACAAUCUGAAUAUGUUGGAUACAGACACAUAAAAGGCAGCGACCGAUCCUUUUCGACUUUUAUGAUUCUUUUCUGAGCAGAUAAUUUAGAGACGUCCGUUCUUCAGAAUAUUUUGUCUUACCGAUUUUUCUUAAUGAUAAUGGAUGCCCGAUCAACUUAUUAAUCUGUAAAUUAUCAUCGAAAAAUAUCUUUUCAGAAAUUAUGCCCGUUACAAGUGGAAAACAGAAAUCUAUUUCAGUCAAGUGAUCUUGGUAGUGAAAGAAACUUUGAUCAUUAUCACUCGAUUCUUCCGAAAGCUACUGAUUCUCUCUGUUUUAUCUUUAGUUGAGUAUUCCUAUCGAGGCGAAAGAUAAUGCAUGGUGCAUGUGUACCAGAAACAAAGUCUCAUGUGAUAUUUGAUUUUUCUUUCGGCUAGUAGACUGUCAGAGAGAAGGAAAGACCACUCUUUGUGGGCUGGAAUGAGUACAAUGGGCUAAGGGAUCCAUUUUAUUUGAUAUAGGGAUGCAUAAUUGGAACGAUAAUCUUAUUUCUGAGCAAAGGAGAGAAUUCUCACAUUCUAAGAUUCGACGAAGAAUUAUUUUUCAUAUAUCUUUUGCCACCAAUAAUAUUCAAUGCUGGGUAAGUGCAUCCAACUGCAGAUUAUUUUCCCAUUCAGUUGCACAUUAUUAAGUACUUAUAUCAUAGUUAAUUUCAGGUUUCAGGUUAAGAAGAAACGGUUUUUUCAAAACUUUUUGACUAUUAUGCUCUUUGGCGUAUUUGGUGUUUUCAUUUCAUCAGCCAUCAUAUCUGCGGGUAAUACGAUUUCUUUAUUGCCCGCUAGAGACUUGUAUCUGAUUUUCCUCUUGAAAUGGUCUCCAUUAUUGUGUGAACUUAAUGACAUUUCAUCUUCUCUGAAAUAGAGUUUUGUAUUGACAGUUUUAAAGUCAUAUGUAUGUCAAGAUAUAUAUGUUCAUUAAUUAAAAUUUAUCAUAUAGAUAAUUAUUUCUUAAAAUAAGUAGGUUUAUCAAUAUUAUUUAGGUUGUCAUGUGAAUUUAAUUGCUGUGACUCUCCUUUUCUCUCUUAUUUCAGGGAAAAUCAUUUUCCAGUUCCUAAAUUAUUCUGAGCAUGACGUAUUUGUAACAUGUGGAAUAUACAUAUAAGCUUAUUCUGGAGAAAUUUUACCGUGGCAAUGACAUAUUUUUGAAAGUCACAUUUCAAUGAAUCCAGAAACAGUAGCCAGGUUAAUUAGCAUCUUUGUAAUAUAUAUAUAUAUAUAUAUAUGUAUAUUUAUAUAAAAUUUUUAGAUCCAAUUUUUAGAUCAGGCUAAUGUAGCAAGAUCCAAUUUUUCCCAGGACUCAGGUUGCUAAUAGCAAGUUUUAGAUUGACCACGAUCCUGUGAACUCCCAGAACAUCGCCUUCGAUUCAUAACAAAAGAUCCCAGAAAUUCAUGAAGUUUGAUCUUCCAGGCGUAACAUGUAUCAACUUGUGGCUUAGACCCAAAAUUUAAGCGUGAUACUAUUUUUCAUCAGGCAUUCUAACUAAGCAUCUUCUUGUCCUUUUUGGUAAAUUCUAUUGCUUCUUAUAUGUAGAAUCUGCCAAAUAAUGACCAAAAUUCGUAUACAUUCUUGGCAUGUAUUUAAAAUUUCACUUGCGCAAUUAUUUUAUUCUUUCUUAUCUGGGUUUCUCGAUUCAGGCAGCUGGUGGCUCUUUCCAAAGAUUGGAUUCGAUGGGCUAGAAAAACAGGACUAUCUGGGUGCGAAUCUUCCUUUCUCUUUACUUUAGCGGAUCAUAGUCUCCAAAAAAAAAUUAUCGACACCAUUGCAUGGUAGAGUGAUAUUCCAUCAUUAUUUUUUUCCAGCUCUGGGGGCUAUAUUUUCAUCAACUGAUACGGUUUGCACACUGCAGGUCAAUCUGAAACAUAUUUGUUGCCUUCUGCUUUGGGAUUGGGGGCACACUCCACUGUCAUUAUUUUUCAGCAAUUUAUUUUUUUAAAUAUAAAUGCAGGUUCUGCACCAAGAUGAGACUCCUCUUCUAUACAGCUUGGUUUUCGGAGAGGGAGUAGUAAAUGAUGCCACUUCGGUUGUUUUAUUCAACACAAUAAAAAAGCUUGAUGUUUCAAGUAUUCAGGGAUGGAGAAUUGUGCUUCACAUAUUCGGAGAUUUUCUCUUCUUAUUUUCGACAAGCACCAUCCUCGGGGUUUGUGUGAGUAGUAACUUCUCCGACUUACAUAUUAUACUUCGCGGAAGGCACUUGAUUCUCUACCUCAUAUUAUUCAUAUUAAGUUCCUCUGUUACUGGAAUAUAACUACGUGAUGUGCUAAACUGUUUUCCUUUAUCAUGUUUCGCCAUUAAAGGGCUCAUACGGCCCUCAAUAAUUUGGUUCUCCACUUAUCACUAAAGCAUGUCCACGCCGUCAUUCGUGAGACUGCCUCCUUCUGAAAUGUUUGCGAUUUCUUCCGUCAUCAUUUGAAAUAUGUUGGCGUUUGGUGGCAUGAUUCACCUAUUUUCUGUUUACUCAUGCCACUUAUAGUCAGCAGAUAGAAAUUUUCAAUUUACCCUCGUUAUCAUGUGAUAUGAAUUUAUAUAAUGAACAUGAAUUCAGCUUUUGUCUCAUUUUCCAUUUUCAAAUGUUAGUCAGGUCUCUUGACUGCGUAUGUGAUCAAAGCUUUGUAUUUUGGACGGUGAGUUGUACUAAACCUGUAUUUUAUUUUAUUUUUAAUUAAAUGCCUAGUCCUGCUGCUGAAACAAUAGAUGCUGCAGGCAUUCAACGGAUCGUGAGAUUGCUUUGAUGGCUUUAAUGGCUUACUUGUCCUACAUGCUGGCCGAGGUCUGGAACAACCAUCCAACCGUGCAUUCAUGCCUUCUAGAAAUUACUCAUGGGUUCAUGGUUAUGAGAAUAUUUACUUAAUUGAGGCAUUUAUCUUGCCAUAAUUAACAAGGACUUUACGUAUUAACUGAUAUGAGAAAAGUCAAUUUUUUUUUGAGGGAGCUAUGUUUACUUCUAAUACUGUCAAGAAAACAGGAUGUAUUAAUUAAUUAAUUAAUUUCUCACGUCAUGAAUCAUGCUUAGAGAGAAGCUUAUGCCUCACCUUCCCCGUGUCUGAGGUGUCAGAAGAAAAUUUUCAGCAUAGACAAUUUUUUCGGACCCAAGGGGUCCCCAUUGUCUCUUAGGUCAAAUUAGUUUUGAUUUAUAGUUGACUUUAUUGAUGCGAUAUUUUUCUUUCGAGAACAUUUACGAUCACAUAAACAUAUAACAUUCCAUCUGUGCAGCUUUUCAGGCUGAGCAGCAUCCUCACAGUGUUUUUUUGUGGAAUUGUAAUGUCUCAUUAUGCAUGGCAUAACGUCACUGAGAGCUCGAGAACCACAACCAGGCAAGUUAACAAAAGCUGGCUAUAUUUCCCCAUGGACAUGGAUGUUUUAACCAGAAAUAUAUUGACUUAGCCACAUUAUUUAACAGCUAUGCCAAAAAUGUUAUAGGUAACAAGAAAUUUCAAAUAUCAAUAUGACUUGAAUGGUUCAAUUUUUCUGAGGUUUGAUAAUCUCUGAAAGACGAAUAUCUCUCUGAAGGUGCCUGAAACAAGGAUACUCUUGUUUUCUGUGCAACAAUUUUGCCAUUUGGGCUUUGGGCAUCCAUACAUUGUGAAUAUGUACCCUCAUAUUGGCAAUAAAUGACAUGCGAUCUUUGCUGGAAAUUUUCAUGGUUAUGCCUGCAAUCGAAUCAUGAGUUCAGGUGAUUUACAUAGCUUGAUAAUCGUCGCAGAGAAACUAACAAACCCAUAUUUUCCUUGAGAAAAUAUUCAAUAAUCUGAAUGCUAUGAAAUCAUGAACAUUAAAAUGAGACGCUAAUUGGUUCAUUUGUUCACAUUCAUGACUUUUAGUUUGUAUGAUUAGUCGGAAGUUUUUUCGGGGGAAGGUACGAGAGAUUUCAAGAUGCUGAUUUUUUGUUUUUUUCUUGGACUGCCCAUAUACGAAUGCGCUUAUUGAGACACUUUUCUUCGAGAAUUCCUUCGUGCUUGUCUCAUAAACGAUUGUGCCCUCCUGCAGGCACGUGUUUGCAACAAUGUCGUUCAUCGCUGAAACGUUUAUCUUUCUAUAUGUGGGAAUGGAUGCUGUCGACAUGGAGAAAUGGAAAGUGUCAGAGACUAGGUAACAUAAUGCAUGAGAUACUUGUUUGAUUAUAUAUCGUACCAAAUAUAUCUGUUUGCAAUUAUUCAUAAGUGAAAAGAAAAUCCAACCUAUUGAUCAUAUAAUCGAUACAUUUUCUUAUUAUUAUUGUAUUAUACAUCUCAGAAAAGUGAUCUUCAUUUCAUGGAAACUGAAUAACUCUGAUGAUACCGCGGUUAGAAUGUAACUCUGAUAAGAUGAUUACUGGACUAUUUCCGUCGCAUAAUAUAUGGGCCCAAAGUAGAAUGUGAAGUAUAUUUUCUGAACAUGGAACCUGUUCAUGCCAUAUAUAAACGGAAUAUGGCUGGCAACUCGGAAAGCAGUAUCUCUCUCAUAUAUAUAUAUAUAUGAAUAUUUAUGUCCUAGAGAAAUCAUAAAGUAUCACCAACAUGGUAAAAUCCUUUACAAUAACAUAGUAGUUAGUAACUAAGGACGUAUGAGAGAUUUUCCUCCUGCAGGUGCAGGACAUUGCUUGGCAUCUAUGGUGUCAUUCUCUCUCUAGUAUUGCUGGGGCGUGCUGCCUUCGUAUUUCCCCUCUCAGCUCUAUCCAAUUACCUGAGUUCUACAUAUGAGAGGUCUGCCAUCACAUUCAGACACCAGGUUCCAUCCUCUCUCUCACGAAUUUGGUCAAUUUCUAGGGGGGCAAUAAUCUGUUCUUCCUCGGUUGACUGACUGCUCUCCUCGUGUUUGGUUGCUUCUUCUGGACAGGUGAUAAUCUGGUGGGCUGGCCUCAUGAGGGGGGCCGUUUCAAUCGCUCUGGCCUUCAAUCAGGUGAACAGUGAAGUGAAUUCAUGAUUUGAUUUUUAUCGGCGAACUCGUCGAUUAGAUCUUCGUAUCUUUCUUUACAUAAUAACAAUGCAGUUCACGGAUUCCGGCGUCACUUGGAAUCCAGUUCAUGCGACGAUGAUCACCAGCACACUCGUAGUCGUCCUCUUCAGCACUCUGGUGAGCACUCGGACUCCAUAGCUGAUCGCCCACUGCUGAUUGAUGUAUUUCUUGGCCCAUUUUCGAGAGGGCAGAUUGCUCCAUGGAAUCCUGCAACUCUUCGUUAAAAUGCCCUGAAACAUCGCAAAAAUGGGGUGGGGGGAGGACCCAGAAGGCGAUUUUUUUUGGUUAAAUUAUAUUUUAAGAACCAUUAUUUUACUAAUUAAAGAUGUGGGUUGGACCCAGAUGGUGUUUUUUUGGUUAAAUUGUAUUUUAAGAACCAUAAUUUUACUAAAUAAAGAUGUGGGUUGGAGGACCCAGAUGGUGAUUUUUUUGGUUAAAUUAUAUUUUAAGAACCAUAAUUUUAUCAAUUAAAGAUGUGGGUUGGAGGGCCCAGAUGGUGAUUUUUUUUUUUUUGAGUCAAAUCAUGUUAAAAAAUUCAUGAGUUUUCUGUUUGAAGAUCGUGUGGAGGACCCGGAUGAUGAUCCUUUUUUUGUUAAAUUAUUCUACGCAAAUUUCCAUUGCAGUGUUAUACACAAGAUCUUCCUUUUCUGCUAAUUUACCAAAAGAAGAAUCUUUUUUGAACUCUGCCGGGCCAAUCUCCGAUUAAACUUCCAGGUGUUCGGGUUGCUGACGAAGCCGCUCGUGGGUCUUCUCCUCCUCUCGCGCCACGGGGAGGGUAGUGGGCGGAGCUCACGCUCGGGGUCCCCCAACGAAGAGGAAGACGGUGACGCCGCCCUCUCUCUACUGGCCGUGGAAGGCGCCGCCGGGGGUAUCCUCCAAGCGAAGGGCAGUUUCUCGCUGCUGCUGGAAAGGCCGGCGCACACCAUCCACGCCUACUGGCGGCGCUUUGACGACACCUACAUGAGGCCCAUCUUUGGAGGGCCCCUCUGA